AUGAAGAUUUCGCUGCUUUUUGGAGUCGUCUUUGGCUCAGUGCAAAUUGAGCCUCUUUAUUGGAAUACGACUAAUCCAGUCUUCGACAAUGCGUCGUCAUCAAAAUCCGGCCUCUCGGUCCGCGUCGGCGAGAAAAUGGACAUCUACUGUCCCCUGGCGCAGCACGCCGAAGUUAACGAUCUGCUCUUCAUGAAAGUUUUUCUCGUCUCCGCCGAAGAUGUCAAAUACUGCCGCCAAGUGACCUCUUCUAGCCGCUUGUUUUCCUGUCUGACUCCUGAGCGAGAACGAAAGCACACGCUACUGUUUCAAGAAAUCAACCCGAACCCCUUUUCGCCCGUGUUUUCGCGGGGAAGCGAUUACUUCCUUAUUUCGCUAUCUGGCUACUCAAAAGAAGACCUGGAGCGGCAAUCCCUCUCAUCGUGCGACUCAAAACAGCUCCGGAUGAAAAUCUCAGUCGGCCUCGACUCAGCAGAAGAAGAGACAGUGCGCAUGGAGAGCAGCCGCAGUCGCGUCAGAUCACUUUCCAAAUCUCAAGUGGCCUCCAUAGAUGAAUUGAUUGAGUUGGAAAAAGAUGAAGUUGAACUCGUCAAAACAACAGGUUUUACUAUUGGAAUCGUCAUCGGCGCCCUGACCGUCAUCCUCCUCAUCAUCCUCUUCAUCUUCGGCUAUCGCUGGCACUCCCGCCGCGGCGACAUCACCAAGGCCCUCUACAUCCCCAAACCCCGCCCCGCCUCCUCCCAAGUCCAUUUGACCCUCGUCCCGGCCGGCUCUCACUAUCCUUACGAAAACGGCCGCCUCGCUUCGAACCAGCCCCGACCGCUUUCGACGCUUUAUCAACCUGGUCUUGGACAAUCAGUUUUGCACCCAAUCGGCACUCCCAUUGGAAAAGUACCAAUCACGAAGGAGAGUCAAGAAGGAACUUACAGUAGCACUGGCGAUGGCAGUCUUGGCGAAACUUCUUGCGGAUCCGAUUUGACCUAUUUGGAGCCGGCUCAUGGCGGAGUUGUUGAAGUGUAG